GCAUGGAUUGGAGAAGAUCUAGAUGUCUGAAUGGGAGCGAGGCUAACCGCCACGAUGGAUGACGCUUUUGAUUGUUCUGCCGACCUUCACCGCGACUUCAAGAACCCCAUCAUUCUCCACAACCAUUAUCGACCAUCUGAGAGGUAAAAGCUUCGAUGCAAGCCUUUCAAGUACGAUCCUCAGUCGGCCACUGAUUGCGAUGUCAACAACUUUCCAAAUCGUCAUAGAAGGAAGGGUCUAUAUAUACAGCAGACGGGAGUUGAAAUUCGAGAUCGCUAUAGCGAUAGCACAUAAAGUACUUCAGGGACAAUCGAAAGAUUCUACUUUCGAUGCUCUAUACAAAGGCAUAGCCGAGAAAUGGCUCUUGCGUGGUGAUAUUGUGAAACCUUUCGGCGUCAGACUCGAGAAUCUGAGAUUUGUCUGUACAUUCGACCUUGACCAGGACCUUUUCACUUACACGGACGUGUCUGGCCAUAUCCAACUUCCCUUGGCUCGUUUCCGGGAGCCCAACUCUAAUCCUCCAGAACGAUCCGAAUUCAUUCCCGUAGAAACGAAAAUCCCGCCCCAGUUGAGCCUCAAAGAAUUUCCCCCGCCGUACCACAAACCAUUAAUUUCUAUACCCAAACGACGUCUUGCCUUUUCUCAACGUAUUAUUUCAAACUUUGCAGAUCAAUGGCGUCAUGUUCUCCGGUCCACGUACGCAGAUUCUACCUUUCGGAGACUCGCGCGAGCAAUUGUCAGUAUAGCAACCAACGACUUUCGAAUUGAGGAGGUCUUCACAGAGCAGCAUAUCAGCUUUCGGGACUCCUAUGUCACCCCUCUUGAUGUACCGCACUGGGAACCCUAUGGAAACCCCGUGUUCAAUAUCGGCGACACCACUGUCGUUCUACAUCAAGAUCUUCAGACUGCACUGAAGAUGGCGAAAGAUGAAGCAGAAGAGAACAGCAAGCUCCUGAGUUCAGGUAAACACCCCGUUCAACGAACAUAUUUGCUCUUAUCAGUACGACACAUGAUGGUCUGCCACGUCAAUGCUACUGUAGCUUUCCUAUGCACGGCUCCCACCGUACUUAUGGAUGGUCUUUCCCUACCUUCCAUUUCAGCAAUUACUCUCCUGCUUCAAGCACUCUCACCACGUCAAGCUCCACCCCACACACCUGUUCAUAAUCUACCCGUAGAGAUACAAGAUCAAAUCUAACUACAUGUUUCGAGAGGCCCACUUGAAGCUGCAAGACUCGGCUGUGUUUUGGGUCUGGGUCCUCCCUUCAUGUGGAAUAGGCAGGUGGAUGGGCCAAGACGAGGUGGUCCGAUCGAACUCUUUGUCUCUCCAUCGCAUCGCUACGACACCACGGCUGUUGAGUCGAAAAUCUACUUUGGGGGCGGGUUUAGUGGAUUGUCAUACCGGUGACUGUAUUACUACAGAAUGCUAUCAAUCUGGAGGGUAUGUGGAAACAUGCUCAAUGACUAUUAGGGCUGGAAAGCAUUCGAUGAUUGGCACAUUAGUGUGUUAGAAGGAUACGAUAAUGAAAACUAGGCGAAUAUUGCAAACUCCUAUAUACGUUGGUAUAGGAAAGUCUUGAUUCGUGAAACCAUGGAUAGAGUGGAGCCGAAAGAGCCCUGGGGAUCCGACCCUGGCUUGAAACGGAUGAUGAAAAUACUGUCUGCGUUCCAUGACUUGGUUGGGAUCCGGUGAUGGUAACAUUGAAUUGAAUUCGGAUUUACAGGAGUAGACAUCUUUUAGGAGGUAGUGCCAGAGUAGCUGUUGGUCUUGUGGUAAUACAUUGGUGCUUUGGGU